CCCGCUGCGAGAUUGGACGACUCAGGACCUCCAAACAAAGCAACAAACAACUACGCGUUUGAGCUAUAUCGCGGCUAUUAUCAGACAACGUCGAACCUGGACAAAAGCUUCAUCUUCGCAUUAGCGUCCGCAUUCCAGCAGAACCCAUCACCAGCAUCACCAGCAUCGUCACAAUGCCCGACCUCAACUCUGUCCCGGCCUCACCACACCCUCUCAGUGCCUCACGGCGCUCUUCAUCUCACCAGAUGCCGCCCCCUCCACUUCCAGCGCAAUCUUCCGACUCCUCCUCCCUCAACAUCCUCCCGUCGAACCAGAACACGGUCAACCAUCCGCCUUCCAACCCUCCCGUAGGAUCUCCGCCGAUGGCCCCGGCAGUAGCAGCGUCACCUCCAGCCUUCCCCGAACCAUCCGUCUCCGGCCCAGGCCCGAUUCGUCACCCGCGACCCAUCACCGCGUCCGAUCUUCACAUGCAGUUGGAGAAAGAGCAAGAAGCAGUGGUGAACCGCCUCACACGAGAGCUCCAACUUCUCCGAACAGCGCAGAACGCCUCCGUGGCAUCCAACGCCUCCUCCACAUCAGCCUCCAACACGACCGAAGCACCCGACACCCACCUCCUCUCCGGCGCCGCCUUCUCCACCCCGGCCGUCCCCUCCAACAGCUCCCGCCGGCACCACCGCACCGCCUCGAACGCCAGCGCCCGAAGCCAGACCGCCGUCGCGGGCUCAGCCGCCGCAUCCACCACGUCCAUCCCCAUCGCCCGGCCCCCGAAUCCCGGCCGCCAAGACAGCGUGGCCUCCCGCCACAGCCUGUCCUCAUCGCCGGCCCCGUCACAGCACUACCUGGACCCGAGUAGCACCAGCGGUCUGACAUACUUCCAGCAGCAGCGUCUACCGCAUCAGCAUACCGGUGGCACCUCGGUCGCCGCCACACCUGGCGGCAGCGAGGCGCAGCUCUCACCUGGUCUGAUGCCCACGACGUCGCGGUACGAGGAGACGGCGCUACACCGACAGGAGCUAGAGAAUGCCAAGAAGGAGAACGAGUUGCUGAAGCAGAGGAUCCGAGACCUGGAGAAGAUGGUCAGGGAGAAAAGCGCCACUGCUGGGCGGGAUCGGAGCGAGAGCACGAGCAGCGCUACCGCUGCCACCCCAGCGGCGGAUGCAACCAGUGUCGGCGUCACUACCGGAGGGGCUGGUAUAGCCGGUUCCAGCAGACGUCCUGGUGGCGAGAGGGAGCGAUCUUUGACGGCGAUGAGCAUCGCUAGCAGUGUCGCUGUUGGCGUGCCUGAUGAGGAGGUACAGGUUGGAGAGAGUGCUGCGAGCGCUGGGGCGAAUCCCUGAGGUCUGCCGGCGGAGGAGGUGAAUGUUUUCUUUCUUUGAGACAUUGCGAGCGAUGAGAUUAUUGUGAAUAAAUCAUGGGUUAUGACAUAGAGAAUGGCGUUUAGGACUUGCAGAUAUGGGAACAUGCCCUCACAAAGGGGCGGAUUCGACUCACGACUUUUCAUAGUAAUAGAAACAUUGAAUGAUCACAGAACAUAAACUUGCAUCAUUCUUUGAGAAUUUAUUCAUGAGUGUGUAACUCCCUUGUUGAUUAUGAG